UGGAGACCCCGCCCUCUUCGCCAUUCCUCUAAUGGCUGCUUCCGGGAAGGCUCUGUCACGUGAAACCUCUUAGCCUCAGCGAUCCGGAACUCCAGGAAGGAACGAUUUCGAAUUAAGAGAGGAUUAUACGUAAAUCUUUUUUUUUUCUUUUUUUGAAACCUUGGAAAUCCAGUCCUUGAGAUCCAGAUACCUGAAGAUCCCAACAUCAUGACCUCAGUUUCAACACAGUUGCUCUUGGUCCUCAUUUCACUGCUUUUGGUGCUGCCAGUUGUUGAAGCAGUAGAAGCUGGAGAUGCAAUCGCUCUCUUGCUAGGUGUGGCUCUCAGCAUUACAGGCAUUUGUGCUUGUUUGGGGGUAUAUGCACGAAAGAGGAAUGGACAGAUGUGAUUGUGAUGGGCCUUCUGCAUCGAACCUUGCCCGGAAAACCUUUGUGUUACUGAGGUUAAAAACUGAGCUUUAAAGUCUAAAAGUUCCCAAGAAACAUGGUAUUUUCACAUUCUUGUCUCCCUAUAAAUGGGAACAAAUUAAUAUAUGUUAAAUGGGGGGAAAAAAACCCACAAAAAAAUAGUGCACUGAAAAAAAGCAGUCUAUAAUUCAUAUAUAGAAGGGUCAAAGAAGUUAGAUGACUGAAAUUUACACAUUAUUUCAUAGUUUCUCAGAAUUCUUAAAGUGCAUGAAAUAGGAACAAGGAAACCCUUGCCCAGAAUCCUAGGAAAUUGCCAGUUCCUCCAUCAUUGAGGAGUCUUCUUCAUAUUUUUAUUAGAUUUUUGUUUUGUUAAUUCCCAACUUAAUAUUGUAUUUAGAAAUCAAAUACAGUCAGAAAUUAAAAUUUUUAUUUCUUUGGUGGAGGAGGUAAUAAAAAUGUAUUCAAUGUAUCUGAUGUUACAAUUUAGAGAAUAUUUAAUGUAAAAAAAUACUUUAUAUGGACAUUGAAAUGGGGAAGAGAUUUAAUGUUAAAAAAAAACCUUUAUAUUAACUGAAUAAUAUCUCCAUAAUGAGAAGUACUAUAUUAAAUAUAAACUAUUAUGUUUUAA